AACCCCCCGUUUCAUCAUUCUAUUCUCUCUCUCUCUAUCUCAUGCUCCACAGAAGCAGUAGCAAGCACGCCAUGAAUUUGAGUGAGAGUGUUGAUAAAGAGUAAGAGAAAGAGCAAAUCCUCCUAUACAGAUACAGGCCAUCCAAGUUCAACCAUGAGAUCUAUGGAUCCUGUUGGCCUACGGAUUCUUAUACAGUGUUCACGGGGUGAUCAAUCAAACACCAUCGUCAAAUCAGCGUUUAGAUUGAGGAUACCCAGAACUACUCCAAGAUCACAGGAAUCUGAUCAUCGCUUUCUCAAAUCAUGUCAUCUGUGCCAGAAGCAGCUGAGCCCCAUGAAAGACGUAUACAUGUACAGGGGUGACGAAUGUUUCUGCAGUGAAGAGUGCCGCUGCCGACAAAUCUUCCUGGAUGAAAUGAGAGAGAUAAAAGCUUCUACAAAGGAGAUGUUACCAUCUUCUUGGCAUUGUGGAACAAGUGGCCAGCCUCAAAAAUCCAGCCGCAGGAGAAGAAAUCUAGCUGUGGCAUAAGCCAUUUUCUUUAUAAGAGAUUUGUGGCAAUCUCUGAUGCAACUGCUUAGAUUUUGUUUUUUUUUUUUUUGUUUUUGAGGGGUUUAAGGGAGUUUUACUACACUA